GCGUGGCGACACUUGGGCACUCGACGGGUCCACAGACCCAAACGUAGAGGGACAGGCGAGGAAGACUAGUGAACAAGCCGCAUGCAGCUCAUCGUGGACGUGCCAUUCCUAGCCGACGGCGAGGUCAACAUGGUCUGGGACCUCAAACACACCAUCUUCCUUGCAAUCAUUGUGUACCUGUGCAGCGGCUUCGUGAUGACAACCCUCGUGUGGGCUGUCACGCUUCUUCUCGCUCUUGUCGGGUAUUGGCUCUUUGUGCGGAGCGGCGACUGCGUGCUGGAAGACGAUGAUGCAGCAUCAGGAUCGACGAAGGAUCGUGCAACGCUUCCCGACGAUGCAAUUGUCGUCGCCGGCGGUACGGGCAAAAUCGUGGGAACGACCUCCGGCCAUGGCGGGAACCCCAAACGCUUGUUCUACUCGCUGAGCAUCGUACCAACCGCAGGAUUGCCGUGGACCAUCGAACGUAGCUACAAAGAGUUUCGAGCGCUGUACCAUGCCCUGUAUGUUGCAGACACCCACAACUGCCGACGCAAUGUGUCGUUGCUGACCAACCAGUCGAACAACGAUCACGGGCGUCACUUGCCAACGCCGCCGCCAUUUCCCAAACGCGCGGCCUUCCGAGCGUUCGUCAAUCAAGCAAAACGCACCGAGGGGCUCGCAGCGUUCCUGCAGUUCCUGGUGCAGGACGACCAGUUGGCAACGAAUCCGCUCGUUGUCGAGUUUCUCGGCGCCCACUCGCCGCUAAAACGCGUCCAGAAACCUGAACCAGCGUUGCCAUCGGUGCCAUGGAUUAGUCCUCUGCACACGGAGGCGGAAGACGAGGCGCUGACGGCACUGACGCCCGAGGAACGGUCCAUAGUUGACGAUGUCCAUGCAGAUGCAAUCGCGCUCCACGAUGCCCUCCUGGCUCGUCGGAUUGUCCUCCUGAGAUACAUCUCGAACCAAGCGUGGGAAGUUGAAGCGGCCAAAGCACGAGUUCACCGCGCUGUCGAAUGGCGCCAAGCGUCGUUGCCGUCGUUUGACCGGGCGGUGCUGCGAAACGAACUGCACACGGGUAAAAUGUACCUGGCCGACUUUUGGGACUCCAACUUGAAUGCAAUCGUCAUCGUGCGACUGCAUUUGGAGAAUUCGUUUCCGCAAGCCAACUAUCUCGUGAAUGCCAUGUAUACGAUGGAGCGCGCUCUCCUGCACUGCUCGCCCGUGCACCGCGUCACGAUCGUGAUCGAUUUUUCCCAGUGGCAGUUCAAGCACGGCCCAGAACAAGGCAUCUUUUUCAAGUUUGUCAAGAUGAUGGAGGCACAGUACUUGCUCCACGUCGACCGCGUCGUCCUCUUCGACUUGCCGUGGUACAUGACGCAAGGUUUCAACGUGAUGAAGCCGUUCUUCGACCCGGUCACUCGCAGCAAGUUCGUGAUGGCCAAGUCGACGGACCUGGCGCCCAUCGAGACAGUGGUCGACACAGCCCGACUACUGCAGCACGUUGGUGUCGGCGCGACCUUUCCUUUUGACGUGGACACGUAUUUGAGCUCUGUCCAUGUUUCAGCGAAAUCGCCGCCCCAGUGAAACCCAAUGGAAUCCCAUCGAUCGAUUCAAGAUGGCGGGCCGUCGCCAUGAGGAUAGGUCGCAUGAAAAGGGUGUGCGACCGCCGGCGCCCUCGAUUCAUCGAUUCCUCGAGCUCGCGUAAAACCAAACACCGACACUUCCUGCCGUGUGCUCACUGAGGCGACUGCAUUCGACGCCAUUGUCUACCUGAACAGAUUCCUGGCGCUAGACGCUCGGACCUUCGUGCGAUCUGGCAAGGCGUCGACUUCGUCGAGCAAAUUAUCUUUGGUACCUAAAGUGUGCGCCAAAAAGAUAGGCCACACACUUUUCGUGUGUUUCCUCAAAUUGGCGCGUGUUGCAUUGUUCAACUCGUCAUGGUUUCACCUACCUGGUCCAUGAUUUCUCUUUCUAACAUGUAAGCUUGACGAAUAUCAUUCCACGAUAGAG